AUGAGCAAGUUCGGCUCUUCAAGUUCCUACUGGUACGACUAUCGUGACGACGGCAUCUACAUCCCACCCGCACACUUCACUGACACCGAUGAGUUAUUCAAUAGCCUCAACUUAGUGACGUUCACGAGCAGUUUGAUCUACAAAUACAGGUAUGUGCACGAAGAAGUCUUCGAUUCUGCAUCUGAUUAUGCUGAAGAAGCGCCAGCACCCAUGGCAGUUCGUGAAAGCUUCGCCGGUAAAAAGUCCUUGUCUAGUACGACGACACAUGCCAGCCACUACAAUCUCAACAGCAACAACAACAACAUGGACAGCCCAACACCAAGGGAAGACUUUCCAGAAACAUGGAUCUGGAGUGAUCUCACCGUCGACGAAAACGGUCGACAGAAGUUGGAACUGAAGGUGCCAGAUACGAUCACCUCCUGGUCAGCCUCUGCGUUCGCCACUCACAGCCAGAUGGGUCUUGGUGUGGUCGAUGGUCCUGUUGAGGUUAAAGUCGCAAAGCCACUGUUCGUUUCCUUAAACUUGCCUUACUCCAUCACAAGAGGAGAAGAGUUUCCUCUGCAGGCAAAUGUCUUCAACUAUUUUGACCAGGAUGUUGAGGUCGUUGUUAAAUUGCCACAAUCUGACUAUUUCAAAACUCGAAGUUGUGACAUUGAUCUGAAGCAACUACAGUCUGUUAAUCUUUCAAAAACAGUCAAAAUAUCACGGAACAGCGCAGGCAGUGUCUACUUCUGGAUCGUGCCCACCAAACUUGGACAGAUUCCUCUGUUCGUCAGUGCUCAUGCUGGUUUCGCUGCCGACGCUGUCAAAGAACUCAUUCUUGUCAAACCCGAAGGUGUAGAGAAAAAUUAUGAGACGACUUCAUUUUUCAAAACCUCCUUCACCGAACCUCAACAAUUCACCACAAACAUCAGUGUGCCAGAUGACUACGUGGAAGGUUCUGCCGUCGUCGAGGUCUCCGCUAUAGGUGAUAUCUUGGCUCCGACUCUCAGAAACCUUGGAAACUUGGUGAGGUUUCCGAGCGGUUGUGGCGAGCAGAACAUGGUGAACUUUGCUCCAAAUGUGCACAUUUUAAAAUACAUGAAGGCAGUUGAUCAGUUAGAUGAAUUGAAAGAGAAGGAAAUUUUGAAUGGUCUUCAAUCUGGGUAUCAAAGGCAGUUGACGUACAAACGAAACGAUGGAUCGUACAGCGCCUUUGGAAACGAUGACGCCGCUGGAAGUGUGUGGUUGAGCGCGUUUGUGUUGAAAUCCUUCCGCCAAGCCCAGGCGUACAUUCCAGUGACGAACGAAAGUUUGGUUGCAACUGUCAAGUGGCUCCUGAAGCACCAACAUGUAGAUGGAUACUUCCUUGAUCCUCCACUCUCCAGAAUCAUUCACUCCAAGAUGCAGGGAGGAGCUAAUUCACGAAUAAGCGUAACCGCUUACACUUUGAUUGCUCUGCACGAAAACAAAGCCCUGCAUGCGAGUAAAGUUAAUGUCAGAAGUAGCAUUAGGAAGGCUACACAGUAUUUAGAGAGGGAGUUUGUGCAUUACAACGAUGAUCCAUACGUUCUUGGGAUCGUGGCUUAUGCAUUCUACUGCGUUGGAAGUAGCAAGAUGGAGCGAGUCCUCAACAAACUCUACAGCUUUGCCAUAACUGAAGAUGAAAAAACCCACUGGAAGCAGCCGAUGCCGCACGAUCAGGAGGAAGAUGCCUGGUUGUUGAAGGAGUUUGCAAGCCCCUACGACAUCGAGUUGACCUCCUACGUGCUCCUCUUGCGGGCCAGUCAGAAAAAUUUGAACCUCUCCCUGCCCAUUGCCAGGUGGCUCAUCGGACAGAUGAGUGGCAUUGGAGGAUUUGUCUCGACACAGGACACCGUGUUGGCUCUGGAAGCUCUGACGAAGUUCGCUCCUCUUGUUGCAUUCAAGGAUGACAGCGAAGGUAUAAAAAUCAAAAUUCUCGGAGAGUAUGGUGAGAAGCACAAACUGGCCACCAUCAACAAAGACAACCUACUUGUCCUGCAAACUGUUCAAUUGAAUGACAAAACGAGAAAAAUACUUGCUUUUGCUGAAGGUGAUGGAUUUGCUCUGCUGCAGACUUCGGUCAGGUACAGCAGACUGAAUCUGACCAACAGCAAGUUCUUACGUCUCGAUGUGAGUGCCGAAACACAUGAACAUUAUCUCAAUUUAACUGUAUCUACCAGCUGGAUUGGAGAAGAGCAGAGUGGUAUGGUACUCCUGGAGAUCAACUUACCAACUGGAUUUGCAUUGAAAGAUCAGGACGAGUUCAAACAAAAACUGAAGUUGACAGACUUCAGAAAUCUUGAAAUUACUCCACAGAAGAUUGUGAUCUACUUGUCUGAGUUGAAUCACUCAGCCACUGAAUUCAACACGACUCUCGAACAAUUACUUGCGGUCCACGAUGUGAAACCAGCCCUAGUGCAAGUGUACAGAUACUAUCAGCCAAAUGAAAAAGUUUCUGCAUUUUAUUCGCCUGAGGGGAAGAAAAGUUGGGUGUCAUCAUGUCCGCAGUGCUGCGGUACGUUUCAAUAACUUUUUAGUGCUAAUUUUUUUACGUGAUUAGUCAAUUUUAAUACAUUUAAUUUUUAGCGACAUCUUUUAAUAUUAAUAAUUAAUAUCCAUAUUUUAAACAUUUCGCAUUCAUUUCAGAAUAAUAUGAACCGUCUGACAAUCGAUUGCUUGGAUCGUUCACAAAUUCAUUCGUUUACUCUCGAUUUUGAACGCUCUAAUUUUCGGCACCUUAAUUUUUUGAAGAUUUAACUUUUAGAAAUGAAUAAUCAGCCUCAAAUUAACAUGGCUUUUGUUGGCUACUGUAGUGUAUCUUAUACCAGCGGUUUCUGUGUUCAAUUCAUAAUACGUGCACGAAAAAUUAUUUUCAAAUUGAAUUUUAAGUAAUUUAAAACGAUAAACAUUAAAUUAAUAUAUAAAUUUAUCACAAAUUUUAAAA